CAAAAAGGAAAAAAAGAAAAUAAAAUAAAAUUUUCUCUGUGUAUGUGUGCAGUGUGGAUUUCCUUCCUACAAAAAAAAAAAAUUGAAGAAAAGUCUAAGAAAAAAGAGAAAAAAAAAAUCAUAAUUAAAUUUUAUGUAUGAAAAGUGUUUUAAUGUGAAAAAUUUAAUCAAGGAGCAUUACGUUUAGUAUAUAAUUCACCCAAAGAUAAAGGAUUAACAGAUACCAAAUGCAUUGGAUUACAUUUAUGUUUCUUGCACUUUUUGGUCUCAUAUUUACAUUUUCCUUAAGUCAAGCAGUUGAAGUUCAUUUUGAAACACCAGAUAGUGGUUUUUUUCUGAAACACUCUCCUCGACAAAGUGUUGCAGAUGUUACAUCAAGCCAAUCAUCAAUUUUAUCAUCAUCAUCUUCAGUCACGACAUCAUCUAAAACAAUUGUGAAAUCACAAAAGGACACAAUUUUAUCAGUUGACAAAUUCACAGUCGUUCAAACCACACAACCCGUUUCAAUACGUGCCAGCUAUGGCCCAUUUUCUACGAAACAAACCGUACCUGCACGAUACAUAGUUCCAGAUCUAUCAGAAACCACUACUGAUGCAGCUGCAGUAACGACAACUCAAAAUGCAACUCAAGCAUUACUUGAUCUACAGCAACAAUCAAAUAUCCAUUUGGAUAUUUCAGCACAUUUAGUGCGUCUAACUGUUCCACGUGAUUCUCCAGUAUUAAGAGUUCUUUUUCAUGCUGGUGCUGAUCCUGGUGGACAUUUGCAAAGACAAAAGAUAUGCGUUCUUCUUCAUGUCUCCAUGCCAAAUCGUCAACCUUUGAAAGGUCGGUGCAUACCAGAAGGUGAAGACGGUGUAUGUGUUGCAGAAGUUGUUAUACCUUCAAGUUGGUGGCCUUUAAUGCCUCCACCAACAAAAGACGGCCAAAUAAAUUCUCCACCCAAAAGUCCUCAACGGUUUGUACAAGUUUCAUAUAGUGUUUUUGAACCACCGCCUAGAAAUCCUGAGCAAUGUGAACCAAAAGUUCAAAUUCAGCCACUGACUUCAUUUGCAAAGGUUUCAUUAGUGCAAGCAAUGGCGACUUAUCGUGAACUAAAAGCUGAUGACUUGUUGACAAUGAUGGUACCACAUCAGCCACUUUAUCCUUUAUCGAAAAUACAUGUCCCAGUUUUCCUUCAACAACAACCAGGACAAAAUGUUGCUGUUUUUAUUGUUCGAGCACGUGUUAAAGGUGGUAUGAAGAUAUUAGGAGCAAUAGCAUCAUCAGAUGAUUGGAAUAUAUCGGUUGAAAAAGAAAACACAAAACAUACAGUCGCAAGAGUUACUGCAUUUAGAAAAGAUCAAGACCCAGACAGCACAUCAAAGCAAUCAGAAGAUUUGAACGGAAAAAUUGUUGAAGUAUUUUCGUGGCUUUUGGAAGUAGCAAAUGAUACAAAGGAACAUUGGGAUGGCGCUCGAAUCGUUUGGUCUGUCAGUUAUGUUCAUGAUGGACCAAAAUCAAAAGACAUUUCUGCUGAAAUUCAGCCUAAUGAGGAGUCAAGAAAAAAACUAAUUGCUAAAUUAGAAAUCCAAAAGGAUGACAUUCAAUCUGUACUGCCGAUAUCGAAGAAUUGGGAAAUGAUGAACACUGCUGUUCUCACAGGAAGACAAGUGUCUCAAGUCAUGAAAGUGUUCAUUGUUACUCAGGCUGGAAAGGUUGCAGACGUGACUCUACAAAGCUCUUGCCAAGCAGAGGAUGAAAGUGUCAUUAAGGUGUCAUCUUCCUGCAGUUCUGUAUACAUAGAUGGAUCAGAACUAAGAGGUUCAUCGAAUGCUAGUAUUGUUGUUAAAUAUGGGACAUACAAAGGAUUGGCAAAAUUUACAGUUUGGAUGCCAGAAUUCCCUCUGGAAGUGUCUGUUACUGAUUAUCGAUUAUCACAAAUUAAGGGUUGGAAAAUUCCAGAAGAACAUAACAGUGUUAACGGAAAAACAAGUCGGCGAAAGAGAGCAUAUAAUUGGAAUCAUCAUAACGAAGAUUUUACAAAUGGAGUUGGAACGGAAAGAUCAUUAUGUCGUGCAAGAUAUCAACAGAGCUCAGUUGAUGUUUAUGCAAAAUUUGUUGCAGUUGAUCAAGAUUCUGGACGUGUGAGCUAUUUAAUAUCCCGACGAACAGGCUUGAGAGUAACUGAUAUUGUGCAACCCUUAUUACGAGUAGCAGAUCCCAAAAUUGCAUUGCUUCGUGGACGAACGUUACAAGGUCGUAUGAUGGGUCGCACAGAUGUUCAAGUUUUAUCUCCUAUUAAUGGGCGCGUUAUUGGAACAAAAGAAAUUCGUGUUGGAAGUGAUAAAGUCAGCAUUACAAGACUCAUAGUUCGCGUAAUUUCAGGCCUUCAAUUAUCUAUCACUCCUGAUAGUUAUGUUGAAAAUGGAUAUGUAGCAGAAACAUCGGUUACGAGAAAAUUAACAGCCCAAUAUCAAGAAGGUUUACUUGACAUUGAUAUUGAAUUUUCUGAUGGUCAAAGGACACCUUUAAGGGACAUAUCUGUCGAUGACUAUUUCUUACUUGUUGAAAGUUUGGACACCGAUGUUGUUGCGUUUGCUCCAAUGCUUGCAUCACACCAUCCUAGAGUUAUUGCAGUCGGCGAAGGAAAUGGUGAUUUGUUGCGAGUAACAUUGCUUCUCUCUGAAGAAUGCAGAUUGAGACGAAACAUUCAAAUGAGCAAGCAAAAUACUAAAAUAGCAAGUGGACCAUUAGCAAGCGCUCUCGCCUCCGUACAAGUGGAUUUUAGUACUUCAGAUCAAGCGCCAAAUAGACCUGAUACUGUUCAAAACGAUGGUAUAAGCGGAAGGGAACGAAAAUUUGGAAAAGAAAAGGAAAUAAAUGACUUAUCAGAUAUUUUAAUUGGUAUCCCGUUACGAGAUGAUAACAAUAAUGAAAAGCCAGCAGUUCAGGCCCGGAAGCAUGGCAGUGGUGGUUUGACUCCAAUUUCUGUAAUAUCUAAUAGUGGAAAAAGUCCUGUUCAUGCAGAUAUGACAACAUUAGAAGUCGGAAUGUAUGUACUUUUGACAGGUUUUUGUCUUGCAAUUGGUAUAUUUGUUAUAUCAUGUGUGGUCUACGCAUCAAAAUUCAGACCUGUAACUGUGGAUAUGGUCAGUGAAGAUAUGGGUAUUCACAAAGAUCAAUCAAAUGGAGGUUUAGGUAUUUUAAGAGAUUCUCGUCGACCACGUGAAUCAACAACUAAUGCACAUGAUUGGGUUUGGCUUGGUCGUGCGACAAUGGAUCGAUCUAUGACUUCGCAAGAUAUUGAAUCGCGCGAUGCAAAAAUGAGGAUAACAAGUAAUCCCUUACCUCAGAAUUAUAUUGAUCCAGAUGAUGCAGUCUUACAAAUGAAUAGUUUUGAUAAUCCAAAUGCUAUUGAAUUACCAACCAAAUCAAAUGGACCAAUUAACAGCGAGACAUAUACAAAAAAGGAUCGGAGAAGUUAUCAUAGUGAUACAACACCACCACCUUUACCUCCUCACGGAAUCAAUGUAGAUUAUCGGCCCCCUGUACCUCCUCACCGAAAUAUUGGUGUAACAGCGAAUAUAAACAACUCGGGAAGUCAAGCACGACCAAUUCCUGAAAUACCUCGGCGUUAUAAACAUGCGAGAAAUGGAAGUAAUGCUCAAAAUCGACGCUCUAAUGGAAGUAACAGUGCUCUUCCACAUGAUAUUCAGAUCCAUCAAUCUGAUCAUCGAUCAUCACUUCAAUCUAAUCCUGGCCACAGCUUAAAUUUUACUCAGCAACAAAUCAAUGCAGCAUUGUUCAAUUCCAAUUCUCCAUCUUACUCAGUUCAGCCAAUAGAAAUUGGAAAUGAACAUUAUCAAAAUCAAGAGUUACAUAUGGCUGAAAUUUUAGUGGAUUCCACAAAUGGACAACAAAGAAGUGCAUUUCAAUUUGAUACAAUUACACCAAAGAAGAAGAAUUUGUCACCAAAAGUGACAACACAUAGUGAUAACGCACUGGCAGAUUUUAAUGACGCUCCUCUUUCUUCUGUAAUGCUUGACUCAGGAAUUGAACUUUCCCAAGCUUCAACAACAAACGAAAUAUCAAAGACCAAAGAUGAUUUCCAUUUACCAAAACUUUAUUGCAGAACUAAUCAUAUAGAUGGAGAAACAUUAAAUUCAACGAUAAAAUCAAAUUCUGAAUCAAGUUCAGAUGAUAACGGAGGCUUUAUUUCCCCAGAAGAUCAAGAGCCAAAGAGUCAUCGAGUGAAACGUGCCACAGUUGUUGGUAAUCCAAUGUUUUCAUCAGUGAGUCAGGAUAGUGAACUUGAGGGACCUGUCGAGAGUCUAGGUUUAGAUGAUCUGGAAAUGGAUUAUGAUCAGAUUAUGCACUAUUUUGACAAUUUAAAGGUGAAUAAGAAAUAAUUUUCAACGCUUUUAUGCUUCCGCAUAAUAUUAUAAUUCUAUGAACAAGCUUAAAAGUUAAAGAUAUCAGAAAAUAAUAUAACCUUUAAAUCAAAGCUGGAAAAAAUAAGAAAAAAAUCAACUUUUUAUUACAGGAAUCAAAUGCCUGAGUUCAAGAGAUCAUCUCAAAGAUUCGCGAAAUCCUAUUAUCCUUUCAGCAACAAUAUCGAAGUAUAGCUUUGUCGUCUUCAACAACGCCUGUACAUAAGCUGAUUAAAAACUCUAUCGAUGAACAGUGUGUAAUUAAUAUUGAAGUAAAUCAGUGAAUUGUUUUGAGGCUUUUUUAAAAUACUACCUUAUCUAAAAGUGCAAAAUGAUACUAAAUGCAGUUUUUACUUUUAAUAAGAAUAGUUAAGAAAGAUUAGACCUUCAGACCUUUAACAAAUACUGUCUUAAUAGCGGUUGCCAUUAAUUGUUGUUAUGUGAAAGUAAAAAAAGUCAAGAGUAGCGAUACAGUCUGUUUUAUGAACAAGAAUUUUUAAAAUUCUCUUUUUUCUACAAUGGAAUGUGUAAGUAUGACAACUUCUGUU